UCUUCUUUUCUAGGCUUGAAAGGCUUGAAAAAAAGUUAACCUAAAUACAGCUCGUAUCAUAAGUGAAAGUCUUCAUUUAUCAACAAAAUGUGUUUAAAAGAAAACUAACCAUUUCGUAUGGCUUUGACGGUGGAACAGUGCAAUUUACUGCUUGAUGUUCUAGAGCCAGGAAAUAUUAAGUCCCAAAGUCUGGAAGCCCUGACUAAAGAUGUGAUUAGGAAGUUUGAUAAAUCUGACCACUUUCGGGUCGGAAGUUGCCUUGUAAUGCUCCUUCAAGCCGAUCUCUUACCCGAUAGGGAUCAGCGAGUCGCUGCCCUCACUAUUCUUCAGCAGCUUUACAGAGGAGAGACUCUAAUAAACAACCCUUUUGCGAGUAUUUUCUUACACGUGUUGUACUCUCCAGAGCAGCACAACACUAUCGGUGUACCCAAGCUGGAAUAUCCAGGCCAGUUGCCUAAACUCAGCGACGCAGAGAAGCAUUUCGUUACUCUAUUGGUAUCAGAUACACCUAAAGAUGCGCAAUUCCUGAGGAAAACUGCCUUACAAGUGAUUAGCCAGGAGGUGCCGACGGCUAGUACUGUAGAUCUAAGUGCUAUUCGGGCGGCCUUCACUGAGAAACAAUCUGAACUGCCUCAAACCAGCAAGUCUGGAAUUCCAGUCAUUUUGUCUUUGCCGGAUAAAGCCUCCGAUAGAGAUCAGCCAGUGACCUCUUUAAGAGAGAUAAUCCAGAAACUCGCCACGGGAGAAAAUGCGCCAAUUAACCGAGUGUACAAGCCGGAAUUCGUAACUCUUGCGCCCCCUCUAUUGAACUGCCAAGAUGAGCCAGUGUGGCUGAAUCCGACUAAUCCUAAAGAACAUUUAGUAUGUUACGAUGCAACGAUGUGCAUUCCGGACGUCGCUGGGUAUGAGGCGCGGCAGCUAAUGAAUAAGGCCUACAAGUCGGCUCUGUCGAUCCCCCAGCAGCAACAGCUACUUGGGGAACUGGAAAAGGACCCCAAGUUGGUUUAUCAUGUGGGAUUGACACCAUCCAAGCUCCCCGAGUUAGUUGAGAACAAUCCUCUCAUCGCUAUAGAGGUGCUUUUAAAGCUGAUGCAGUCCAAGCAGAUAACCGAAUAUUUUAGCGUGCUGGUCAACAUGGAAAUGUCGUUGCAUUCCAUGGAAGUGGUCAACAGGUUGACCACCACUGUGGACCUACCCACUGAAUUUGUGCACCUCUAUAUAUCCAACUGCAUUUCCACGUGUGAAACAAUCAAGGAUAGGUACAUGCAAAACCGUCUAGUGCGGCUGGUGUGCGUAUUCCUGCAAUCUUUGAUCCGGAAUAAAAUCAUCAAUGUGCAAGAGCUGUUUAUUGAAGUCCAAGCAUUUUGCAUCGAAUUUAGUCGGAUUAGAGAAGCUGCCGCCUUAUUUCGCUUGCUGAAACAGUUGGAAUCGGGCGAGCUGGGAUUGGUGUCGUCUCCUACUUUAGGCAGUAAAACUAAAUUGGAUGCCUAAUGUCCGAUUGUACUAUUGAAUAGUUAUUUUAUAGUGAAGUUUUCUUAAUCAUUGUACGUAGCUAAAUCAAAUUGUGACACUUAUUAAUUUGAAAAUUUUAUUGGCUAAUAUAUUUUCUUAUGAUAAA